AUGGAGAACAACGACAACGAAGGCGUUCUUCCGUGUAGAUCGCCACCAAAACUUCCGGACCACCUGAACAGCUCUGGCUGUCGUAUCGGACACUCUGAGGGUAAAGGACGAGGUGUUUUUGCAUCACGUCCGAUCGCUGCAGACGUUGUGAUCGAAAUCAGUCCUGUACUUCUGUUUUCCUCGACAGAAUACGCAAGACACGGCCAAUACACUGUUCUUGAUAGCUACACGUUCAAGUGGAGAGAUGGACGGAUGGCCCUUGCACUGGGUCUUGGCUCCCUGUUCAAUCAUUCCCAAACGCCAAAUGUAUCAUAUAUACUCGACUCUACGACGGAAUCCAUACGCUACGUUACUACCCGACCUAUUGAACAAGAGGAGGAGCUGUGCAUAUUCUACGGGCACAAACUGUGGUUUGAUGCUGUCGAUGGCGAGCCCCUAGAGUUGUCUGAGAAUGCACUCAAUGAUGGCUGGGAUGGCUUGUGUCCCGUUGGUGGAGAUGUCAACGGGUUUGAGGAUGAGCUCCAGCGAUUCACAGAGGGCUGUCUCGACGAGCUAGUGCAGGAGGAGAGUCUCCCGUUUGUGCGCAUGAAGGUGGUCGUCGAUGACAACGAAGACACCGUUGAAACAGUGCAGACUGGCGAAGCAUGGGUAGUGGAUAUUCCUGAUCCCAAACAAACUACGGCAAUGCUCAGAUGGCUCAAACAGAGCGGCUUGGAGACGCCCUCGAUGGCACACCUUAAACGUAUCCGAAGACAGGACUCUACGAUGUCGUUACUUUUAGCGUAUACUCUCAAUACCGCUGAUCCCCCUCUUUUGCCACCAGACGUUAUGCUUCCACCGCCCUAUAUUUUAUCCGUUCCUUUGUCUGUUGCGCUGACACCUGCUGCGCUCAAGGCCAAGAGCACGUUCUGGCCGACUGUAUAUGCACCAAGGAGGAAGGGCGAGGUCGAAGAAUGGUCGAAAGGAAAGGUGAGAUGGGCGUGUGAGGCCAUGUCGCGUGUUAUAUUAGAAGCACAACAAGCACAACAGCGAGGAGAUCUACCUAUCGCCGCUCACGUUCCAAUUUCAUAUGAUGAAGAAGCUCGCACAGCAAGCCAACUGAAUGUCUCGCUCGUUGCAAGCGACACACGGGCAUCAUCAUCCCACCCGCUUCGACACGCCAUUCUGAACGUCAUCCGCGCAGUGGCUGAAUAUCGCGCAUCAUCUCCUGAACGGACCGUCGUCUCGGAACCCCAAACACCUCUUCUUCCAAAUGCCAGUCCUCCCUCAGGUGCGCCGAUGCUCCCCGAUACGAACAGCGAUCCGAUACAAGCGCGCAAUGGCACACAUUACCUCCUCACGUCCCUAACCCUCUUCACGACGCACGAGCCCUGUGUGAUGUGUAGCAUGGCACUCCUGCAUUCGAGAGUAAAGGAAAUAUUCUACUUGAUACCGAUGAAGGCGACUGGUGGAUGCGGUAGCGUGGCUUGCGUUCCACGACUGGACGGCGUCAAUCAUCGAUUCGGCAUUCGAGUUUGGAGAACGGGAGAAGGGGAGAAGGAGUGCGACCUUGCUGUCGAUCCAGCGACCGACGCGUGA